AUUUACCUGUCCAGGUAAGUCAGGAAGAGGUCAGAAGAAGAAACCAGCAGGAGUCAGGCGAAGCAGGCUCUGUCUGCUUCUCUGCCCUUUGAAAUAGAAGGGUAUUUCUUUCCUCUCCUCAGCCCCCCAUCCAGUAAAGGCCCAGCUUGGGACAUUCUUCGCUUCUCUUCGCUUCCCCUCUGGGAGCCCCUUUCGCCGUCCCUGCACCUUGCUUCUGGCAAUGCCCGAGAGGGAGCUGUGGCCAGAGGGGCCUGGCUCAGAACCCGUGACCCGCACCGGCAGCUGGGACAGCAUGACGAGCGCCACCUCCACCCGCUCUGGAUCUACUGACAGCUACGACUUCCUGUCCGCUGAAGAGAAGGAGUGUUUGCUCUUCCUGGAGGAGACCAUUGGUUCAUUGGACACUGAGGCUGACAGCGGACUGUCCACGGAGGAGUCUGAGCAAGCCACAACUCCCCAAAGUCCCCGAGCACUGCCCCUGCUCCAGCCCGCUCCCCAGGGACAUCCGGAGGAGACCGCUGCUCAGCAAAGACUAGAGCCAAGGAGAGCAACCCAGUCUAGCUUUCCCCCUCUGCCUGAACCCCAAGACCUGGGCUUCAGAUCCGGCUCCUACAGCCUCCCCCGCAAUAUCCACAUCGCCAGGAACCAGCACCUCAGGAAAAGCACCGCCCAGACGAAUAGCCAGCUGCCGGGGGAACCCACGAGGGUCACCCCAGACCCCACAGAAGAGCAGCUCAGCCAGAGCAGGAAGCCCAGCCAGGUUCCAGUCCAGAGGGUCAUCCCAGACCCGAAGGAAGAGCAGCUCAGCCAGAACAGGGAGCCCAGCCAGACUCCCGUGGGGCUCCAGGAGGCCGCCCUUGAUUUAGACACAACUCUCAUCCCCCCACCGGAGGCUUUCCGGGACUCCCAGCCCGAGCAGCGUGGGGAAGACAGCCUGCCCACGGGGCCAGGGGAGAAGACCCCCGCGCCCCAGCUCCUCACGUCACUCAGCCCCCCGAAGAGAAAGGAGACUUCUUUAGAGGCCAUGUCCCAAAACGCCAACGAGAAAGGCUCCACAGGAUCACCGGGACAACCUCGGCCUCUUCCUGCUAUGUCGUCUCAGAACACCAGAGCUACAGAUGCUUCCGUCCCACCAGGGCGGGAUCCAAAUGCCCAAGUGGCUCCCCUCACAGGGCCUAAGCCCCGGAAGCUGCCCCCUAACAUUGUUCUCAAGAGCAGCCGAAGCAGUUUCCACAGUGAACCCCAGCACUGGCUGUCCCGCCACUCCGAGGCCGCCCCAGGCGAUUCCGGCCUGGUCUCCUCUUCACUGCAGGAGCAGAGGAAAGCACAAGCACGCAAGGAAGCUCUAGCAAAGCUGGGGCUGCCCCAGGACCAAGAGAAGCCCAGCCCCCAGUUAAGUAAGCCCACCAGCUCCAUCAGGCACAAGGGGAUUGGUGCUCAGGCUCCUUCUCCCGCCCCAGCUCCAGCUCCUGCCCAGGCUCAGCCUGCACCUCAGGUCUCAGCAGCUGUGCCUGCUGCAGGGAAGGCGUUUGCUCCUGCUCCAACCCGGGGACUUUCUCCAAUGAAAGCCCUGGCUCCCGCUGCAGCUCAGGGGUCUAUUCCAGGCAAGGUUUUCCUUCCUGCCCAGGAACCCAAUCCAGGGAAGGUUCCAGCUGCCAAGUCCAUGCCAAUUCCCAUCUCUAGGGCCCCCGGGGUUGGUAGCCCCUUGACUCUGCAGGAGAGCAGCAUCCCUGGGCUGAGACAGAUGAACUUCAAGUCCAACACUCUGGAGCGGUCAGGGGUGGGGCUGAGCAGCUACCUCUCGACUGAGAAAGACCCCAGCUCCAAGACCAGCACCUCCCUGGGAAAAGACCCCUUCUUGAACAAAAUCUCACCCAGUGACUUACGUAAUUCCCGACCCCGCCCUGCCUCCUUGGGCACCGGGAGGGACUUUGCAGGGUUUCAGGUGAGCAGGCUGGCUGACCACGAGCAGAGCGCCAAGCGCCUGUCUUACCAAGGACAGAGCCGCGACAAACUACCUCGCCCCUCUUGUGUCAGUGUCAAGAUUUCCCCCAAAGGCGUCCCUGAUGAGCACAGAAGGGAGGCUCUGAAGAAGCUGGGGCUGUGGAAGGAGUAAAGUUAGGCCCUGCCCACCAGCACUGCCCGCACAACCUCGUCCCUGCCUCCUGUCCUACAAGACAGCACUCAGGGCUCCACCCAGGAGCCUUGUCCACCUCGCUGCUCAGGGGCUGGGCUGGGGGAGGCUUCUUCCGACGACGCUCUGCUCUCUGAAGGGAAGAGGAGGGAGAGAUUGGAGUCCAAGCCUAUGCUCAGAUUUAGGGUGGUUGUGCCAAUGAGUACCUGGUGAAUCAUCCUGAAGAUGAUUUUCACAAGUGUGUGUGUGUGUGUGUGUGUGUUAGGCUGUAUAUAUCACUGAAAUUAUUUAUAAGACAAGGAAUCGUUGAGAAUCCUGCUCAUGUUGGAGAUUUUUGUACAUUGGGUAGCAAUCGGCCUAAUCAGAACGGAAUCGAGAGGGGUGGCCAAGCCUGAUUAAAAAAAAAAAAAGUCAAAGGAGCUCAUGGAUGUGCUGGUGCCACAGAUGCAGCAUCACCUGGAAUGCGGGUCUUCCAGAAUUCCUGUGAUAGAUGGAGACUGGCUCAUACUUCACUCGAUCCUUCUCUCUGUGCUGGCCUUCUGGACAGGAGCCAAGAGGAGUUGGUUAUCUCUUCACCUGCUACCUUCUCACUGUCUCCCCGUCCCAGGGAUAGGACAUGUUCCUGCAACUAAAAACUCUUGGUGGAUUGAGAGCAGCAGAGCUCUUGUUGGUCUGAGAAGGCAGGAUCAGUGGCCAAAGUGCACUCCUCUGCUGGGGAGGGUCCUUGUCCACGGACUUGGUAAAUGCCCUCAUAAACUGUGCCGUGGUCCCUGGUUCUGUGAUUUCUGCUCCUGUCUCAGUCUGCUCAUGACUGACCCAGGCUGGGCUAACAAUGAGUUGGGAGCCCGAGCCCAGAGGCUUCGGUACUUACAGUAGAACUGUUUCAGGUCUUGCCACGCUAUUGCAAGUAGUUUUUAUCUUCCUCAGCGCCUAUGGAAAAUCAACACAGUACAUUCUCUGCUAGUUAGGCAUAGAAUAUCAGAGCUGGGAGGGGCCUUACAGAUGCUCAAACCCAACCCUGUUGGAGAAGGGAAGUGACCCAUCCACAGUUAAUGCCACUUAGUAGCCGAGAGCUGGGGCCAGAGCUGGGCUCCUGAUCCCAAUCCAGGCUGCAUGUACUUGUAUGCAUCCACACAGCACCCCACGGGACUUUCACUCCUAAAGCGUCUUCUGAAAUAUCAGAGAUUAAAUGCUGUUGUGUCA